AUGCAAAAGCAAAGCCUGCCUCACUUACGCGCCUUGCUGGCCGGAGGAGCCUAUGGUACGCAUGUCACAAAACGCAAACGUUGGGGUGGUGGUAAAGCGACUACUGCUGCCAAUGACGACUAUGGUCUUGCGCAAGCCUUAGCCAACGUUUUGCAGCAAUGGCAACCCAAUACCAUUGCAAAUGCACAGACCAACAAAAGGUUCAAGAAGUCUCAGACGAAACAAUCCAACCUGAGAGAACAGCUCUUGUCAGUUCUCACCACAAACGCUCAAAGCACUUCCGACCAAGAGAUUGUCAGCAAAAUCAGCCACAUCCUGCAACCAUACCUUGGUAAAAAUGCCGGAUAUGAUGAUUCGAAUGAUCAUGAACAUCAUUAUGAUGACACCGGUCAGCAAUCCUAUUACGCCCACUGUAAUAGCAGUAAGCAGCACCAUGUCACUCACAUUCUCCAAGCUGGGAAACAAAAGACCCGAUGGAACAAAUCAGAUCAAUUCCAAAAGAAACACAAUGCAAGCUCACCAGCGAUCAAAGGCCUGAUUGCCAGUGAAUGGACACAAGUUCCAAAGAUUCUCGAAUCCCAAGAACUGAUGCGAAAAAUCAGAGCUGGUGAAUCAGAUGACACCACCAAUAUAGCUCCAGUCAAUUCCAUUGCUGAAGCUAAACAACUUGUUUCCAGCUGGAAAGCCUUCGGAUCCCAAGGAGGCUACACACUGCUCCUGACAGGCCCCGCCAAGAGUAUGCUCGGAGCAACCCCAGCUAGGAUCAGGGUUCUCAGAAACAACGCUAUCUUCAAGGUCGAGGAAGUUGCACUUUUUGCACUUGGGGAUGUCAACCAAGCUAUCUGGAUCAAACCAACCAUCACGGUCCAACCGCAGACGCUGCCAAAAAUCGACAGAGUCACAGUGAGAAUUGCAGCUCCUGAAGAAUUCCGGCAGCACUUCAUUGAUGGCAAAGACAAGCCACGCCUGAUUGUUGCUGAAGUUGCGCAGUGGAGCCCUGACGUGAAAGCAUCAGCUCUGAUCGGAGGAAAUUGGGCUGAAAACACAUACAACAAAAAGCAAUUGCUCACUGGAUUCUUAAAUUUACCCACCAGCAUGGCCAAAUUGCUGGUGGCAAAAAGUGGAACUCGAGGAAUUUUCGCCAACAUCCAGGAUAAAAUUCCGACAAGAAGAGCAAUCACAUGGCUUACUCGCCAGCCAAGUGAAGCAGCAGACGCUUACCUCAACAGAUGUCUCAAAAUCGCAAAAGAGCGUCAAGAAGGUUUGUAUCACAGAAAAAGCAGCACCAUUCACACAUUGGGACUCUCCCAAACUACCGAAGAAGCUGCUAAAAAGAAAUCCCAACAAUACAUUGCCCGUGGCGUGCCGCGCUCAUGGCACAUGGAAGAAAUCCAACAGCUUCUCGAAAGCCUCAGCUGGACAGAAGUGGCAGAUUUCCACAAAGUUAAAUACAAGCCUGAAUGGAGAUUGAAAGCUAUUGCUCCAAUGGCGGACAAAGAUGCCUACCACUACAAGAUCAGUGAUUCAGAAACCAUUUCUUUGAUUGUUGCUCCAACCGCUCCGAAACUCGCUGAUUACAUGAGACCUGUGAGAAAUACAUGGCAAGGCAGCAAUCCAAUUGCCAAGCCAGUCAAAGCAAAUGAGGGCCUCUCGGAACCUGAAUCAAAAGCAGGGUCAAAGCGCGAUCGCAGCAGAAGUCCAGUCAAAGUUACUCAAUUGGACACGCAGUCACAAGAAGAUGCAGAUCAAGACAUGCGAACACCUGUCGCCACUUCAAGCAUGCCUCAUAAGCAAUCUUAUUAUUGCUCUCCUUCCAGCAUCCCAUUGAACCCGGAUGAAGCCUUGGCUCAACAAUGGACUUUGCAAGACUUAGGGGGCAACGGCGAUUGUUUCUAUCGCGCCUGCGCUGGAGCUCGAGCAGUUGCCAAAAAUGACAGAACGCUGACAAGCGAUGAGGCAAGAGUCGAAGCGGCAGAACUUCGGCUGGCCACAGUAGCUCAUGCUCGAAAGCACAAAGAAAGACUCAAAGAAUGGUUUGCACCCGAUGUGCAAGACGCAGCCAACAAGAAAAGUAACAAAAAAAGAGCUGAAAAUAUUGAUGAAUGGCUGGACCAACAGGAACUUCAAGUUACAUGGGCAGACGGACUUGCAAUUCACUGCCUAGCCGAAAAAUAUGGUGUUGCACUAUCAAUAUGGAAGAAGAAUCCUGACACCUCCGCCUGGUAUCGUUAUACAUUCGCACCAAAAUUCAGCACCGAUGGCAUUGCGGGACUUCGGCAAAAAGAGAAACCAUUGUCACUGGUGCUCGAAGGAUGCCACUAUAAAGCUUUGCAUGCUCCCAAGAAUCAGCGUAUGCCUAAACCGUGGCUCAUGAAGACAGCAGCUGAUCUGGCUACCAUCAUUAUCGAUCUCACAGGUGCCGGAAAACACAGCCAAUCUAAAGCCAUUCGUCAACAGCCAGUCAGUCCUAACAGCAGCGGCCGUGCACAGCUCAAUUCACCUGGAACUCCUUCCAGUAUACACACCUAUGUUGAAUCUGAACAAGCGUCCAGUAGUCAUUUCAGACCUCCAGUGACGCCAAAAGCCAAGACAACAGCUGACUCUGAAGCAGCCAGCUGUCACAGUGUGCAUACAUAUCGAUCCACCUCCACAAAGCCAGAAGACAGCGAAAAUGUCACCUUGGAAAGAAAUCCACCCACGGCACAACUUGUCGAUCAGAGACCUGACACCUGCUCAAGAACCAUUGGAUCACCAUUGCAGCUGUCACGUAGUUUGGUGAAAGAUAAACCGGACAGCAUCAAUCAAGCCGAAAGUGUCAUCAGCAUGCCUGAUUCUCCGCCACAGACCAAGCGUCGGCGACUUUACGGAAAACAAAAGGUCAAUCAAUGGUCCGAUCCAGAGCCUCCACCUCAAUCAGAAGAGCUUUGUUGGACGUGUCGUCUUUGUCAGAUCAAAAUUGUUGCCACUGAUCGCAGAACCAUGAACUAUAAGCGGAAUAAUCAUCUCAAGUGUCGACACCCCCAUCAUGUCAAAACAGAUGCAGACAAAUUUUGCAGAUUCAAAUUGCAGCCCAUUGUCGCUAGCCAUGAGAUCCCCAAAGAAAGCCGAGAAUGGGAAUGUCCAUGGUGCUUUAAAGGUCUCCCAGCUUGCACAGGCCAAAAGCAAAGGCACAAAUCCAUCCAACUUCAUUGGAAAACCGACCAUCCCAAUGAAGACACAUCCGUCAGCGCCAUUCUCAAGCAAAGAGCCAAGAAUAUGCGAGAACUGCCGGGUUCUCAACCGCAAAUGAUAGAAGGAAAUGCCAAACGAUCCAUCAGUUGGACCAAAAGACACGCAGAUAACCGCGAUUUGAAGCGCUGCGGUCACCAGCUCGUUUCCUUUCAGCCCGAACCAGGCGCUCGGAACCCCGAGGGCUGGGCCGGUAAUGCUGUCUACACCUGCACCCAGUGUUGGAGAUUUGGGCCCUAUAGACCUGCAAUCAAAAAUAAGCUGCAGAACAAAGAGAAAGAACUCUCUGAUGCCAAAUUUGGCAGAUUGAUCGAAGAAGGAAUUGAACCGCACCCGGGACCCAACAUCCAACCCAGGCAGGCGGUGCAUUUCAAUAUUGUCACUAUCAACGUUGCAGGUGUUCCAGGUGCAUGGCGAGCACUUGAAACAUGGCAGAACUGUGUCCUGAUGUUGCAAGACACGCCUUUCACAGAAGCCGAAUUUGCAAGCUUCCAAUUAAGCGCCAAGAAAAGUCAGCUCAAGGUAUAUCAUAACAGCAGUGGCUACCAAGCCGGCCGAAAGGUAGGAGGGGUCACCACACUGAUCCCAGCUAAACUCCGACAGCACAGAUUGUCAGACACCGCAGGCAAUUUGCUGACAUGUUGCAUAGAAGGAAUUGUUUGCAUUAAUUCGUACGCUGCUCCCAACCGACAACAAAGCCAUGCGCAAGCUUUCCUUGAAACUCUUGUUGCUCACAAACUCGAACAUGUUCCAUGGUUUGCAGCCGGAGAUCACAACGAAAAUCCUCAAGACAGCCAUUUCAAAGCUAGUGGAGCCACCCAUGGUGGAGUGGUAUUGGGCACCGGAAGUCCCACCAGGUGGGAAGGCCAAUCAGAGAUAGACUGGUGCAUGUCCAAUUCACCCAGUCUGUUCGGAAAUCCUGAACUGCUGACAGAUUAUCAUAUCAGUGAUCAUAUCGCCAUCAGUGUUCCUGCUCAGCCCAAAACUGCUCCCGCUCAACAUUAUCGCCUGGCUCCUCAGCCGCGCUGGACCAAGCCGAGCUUCCUUUCAGACAGUGAAUGGAGCAAAAAGUUGUGCGAAGCUUGGUGCCUUCACAAACGGGAUGAAGAAGCGACGUACCUCCAAAAAUUGAGCCCACUUGAGAUCAAAGUGGACCUAGAAUGGAAACAGUAUAUGAAUUUGCUCAGCAAAGUUUAUCAAACUGCCACAAAAAUCAGUGCCAGCCUUAUUGCCGCUCCAGAAAAUGAAAAAGAAAUUAAACACAAACUUAAUCAGUCCGGACGCAAAAAUGGCAAAGGCACUGCAGCCCCCAAAUUUCAAAAAGUCAAUCAAACCAUUCAUAACUCCGGUCACCAGCUAAGCAGCCAAUCCGUACUGAAGCAUGCGCGCCGCUUAGCCAGACUGUAUGAAUUGCAGAGAUUGAUCUACAAAGAUGUGAAUAAUCAAAGGCAUCUCCUCAACGAAUGCCCUGAGAACACCCGAAAUCUAUUCAGGAAAUUGUGGAAAGCCGAAGUCACUCCCAGAGACCUCAGUCUUGCCAAUAUCUUGCACAAAAUCAAAAGGGAUAUCCAAGACACCAAUGCUGAUCGGCUCCGCCAAGAGCAUGAUAAUACACAAUUGAGAUUGCGACAGUGGAAAGCAAGAUACCAGACUGGCAACAUUACUACCAUCAGCAAAUGGAUCCAAAGGAAAGAGCAAAAAGCUGCCCAAGCCAAUGUUUCUCUUGAUGGACAGACAGCCAAAACUGAUGCCGAAGCAGCGCAGUUUGUUCACCGUUUUUGGAAAAAGCUGUGGCAAGACCAAGCUGAAACUCAAGCGCAAAAUCCCCUUUCAGAGGAAGAUGUUGCACAAAUGCUAGCGGAGCAUUUUCCCCAAGCUUGCCGACAGACUUGGGAACCACCGAACUACUGGCAGCUCCACAGUGCCGUUCGCUCUUGCCAAGGCAGCGCAGGAGUUGAUAGUUGGAGCUCAGAUGAAAUUCGAUAUUUGCCAGAUGAUGCCAUAUCGGACUUUUACAAGCUUGCCAGUAGAUGGGGGACUGCCAAACAAAUUCCGUCCCUGUUACAAUAUGGCAAAAUGACCAGUCUCCAAAAGCCAGGAAAGAUCAAAAACCAUGAAAUCGCUGCCAGCGAUUUGAGACCAAUCACAAUCUUGAGUAUAUUCUGGCGAUGCUGGUCCAGUGCGUGGACGCAUAGCAUCAGUGCCAUGCGCUUUGCAGACACUCUCCCAACAUGCCUCAAUGGAAUCCACGGUCACCUCGGUACUGAGGAAGCUUUUAGCCUGUUGCAAGACAGAAUGAUUCUCUCAGAUGCAGGGGUCGUCAGUCUCGAUUAUAAGCAAGCCUUUGAUCGCAUGGGGGCCACCAUCACGUCCCAAUUUCUGCAUCGCAUUGGCGUGCCAGAAUCCUUCACUAGUCUGCUGCAGCAGGUCUGGAACACUCGUCGACUUGUCCAGUAUGGGUCCUCCUUUCACGAUGAAGUGCUAGUUAGCAACUGCACGCCGCAAGGUUGCCCUUUUGCUCCGCUCGUUCUCAGCUGCUGGAUGCUGAGCGGACAUAGCCAUGUUGAAAAAGAUCUCUUGCGACAAGGACACACCAGAAGUGAUUUGAACAAAUCGCACACCACUAUUUAUAUGGACGAUCGCAGCUUUUGCGACAGCAAUAUUCCUCGAUUGCUCGACCGAGCUGAUGCAUGGUUGCGAUGGAGUACUAUGACCAACUUACUCGAAAAUACCAACAAAAUACAGGCCGUUGCCCGUACCAAACAGAAACAAAAUCAACUCGCAGACCUCCGGCCUGAGUGGACUGGCCAAGCAGAGACCACAAUACUGGGCAUCACCUUGACCCUUGAACGCCGGAGAAACUCAGAGACGGAAAUCAAACGUAUCGACAAAGCCAAGCGACGCACCAAGCUGCUGGCAUGCCUGCCAUUACCUUGGCCCAACAAGUUGGCAGUUUAUAAAGCUUUGGUUCUUCCUGCCGUUGUUUACGGCUGGGGGUGCCGCAAGAUGCCAGCCGAUGAUGCCGACCACCUUCACAAAGCCUUGACUCGCGCUUUGCACACCAAUGUCAUGGCCAACAGUGACAUCCGCAAAGUAGUCUAUGGUGGAACCACUCAUCCCUUGUGUGUCAUCAAGCAAAGGCUCUUCCGACGCCUCGGACGCCUGAAGAAGCAGAAGUCAGUCACUUGGACCCAUCGUGCCUGGACCAGCACCAACUUGCUGCGCAAUUACCUGGCUGACGACAACUGGACUGAAGUCCGAGAAUGGUGCUGGACAAACACUAGCCGCGUUUCUCUCACUCUGGAUGCAGCAGAAAACAAAACCUUUCAUGACCCUGAAUUCCAUCUUCUUCGCCAGCAGUGGCGAUUGCAGUGCUUGCAAGAUUGGCUUCAAGGCCAACGUCAUGAAGCCCGUCUCUGGAGAGAGACGGAAUCCAUCGAAAACAUUGAGCGCCAGAUGCUCCGUAUUGAUCUCAACUGGGCACGUCAUGUCCUUGAAACUGCUUCCGCUCCCCACCGUGCGGUGCUGUUAGGAAGUGUGGUCUCGCCGGCCUGGCUGUCUCGCAGUCGCGGAGACUCAAGUGAAUGCCCUUGGUGCAGCGAAGCCUUCGCAACACUGACUCACCUUUUUUGGGAUUGUCCUUCACAUCUUGGAGAAAUCACCAAACCAACAAAUUAUCUUCAAGCCCGUUUUGGCUGGCCGGAGCGCAAUGUGCAGGAAGAUGAAUCUUGGAGAAUUCUCAACCAUAUGGCCAAUGUGGUCAGUCAGCUGUGGCUGGCUCGACAUGGCGAAAGCCAUGCUGUGCCGAAUGGCACAGACAACUGA